CCUCUUGCGCAGCCGUUGGCACAGAAAAAGCUUGUGAAAAAGCUGCACAAAACGAUCAAAAAAGCUUCGAAAGCACGGCAAGUUAAAAGAGGUGUAAAGGAAGUCGUUAAGGGCAUUCGCAAAGGAGAAAAGGGAUUGCUUGUGUUGGCGGCAGAUAUCAACCCUAUAGAUAUAAUAUCUCACCUCCCAGUACUCUCAGAAGAAGCACAGAUACCAUAUGUCUUUGUGACGUCUAAGGAGGAGCUCGGCCAUGCUAGCUCAACAAAACGACCAACAAGUUGUGUUAUGAUUUGCCCUGACCAGAAGCGCAAAGCCCAAAAGAAAGAUGCCGAGGCAGAGAAGGACGAUGACUACAGGGAGUUGUAUGAAGAAUGUCGAAAAGAGGUGGCAAAGCUAGACCACAAGAUUGUAUUCUAA